AUGAGUGUGGGUGGAGGCCCCAGGCCUUUCCUCAAAUUCCUGAAGAAUAAGAGACUGGAGUGGAUCACUAAAGACCAUGCAGAAGCAACGAGAAAGGAGCAGGACCCUCAGAGAGUCUUCCCUUCCACCCACCCCAGGGUGGAAGAUUCCAAGGAGGAGGUGGAGAACGGCCCCGUCGGUUGGCGACAAGGCAGCAGCACGGUGUCCAAAGAAGAAAGUGAAGUGACAGAGAGGGCAUUGCUGAGGUCCCAGGAGAAGCUGCCAAGCCCUGGGGACACCUGCAGGGUGCCACCACCUUCUCGCCCUGCCCAGGUGAAAGCCUUCUAUGGGGACCCAGCAGAAAGCAUCUUGAUCUCCAACCUGAAGAGAGGGGUGGUCAGCCUGCUCCAGCUCCAGCUCCACCCCAACUCCACCACCCUGGAGGAGGACGUCUCUGGGAGCUGCCAGGUCACCUACACCACGUCCAACCAUUCCAUCACCAAGACCAAAGAUCUCCUCAGCUGCACCAAGAUAGAGCCUGGAUUCACCUCCAUCAACAAGAUUUUUGGGGUGGAGUGGCAGCCCAGCAGCAGAAGCCAGUACGUGGUGGAAGAGAAGCUCCUGCAGUCAGUGGUGGUGGAGGAAAGCCACCUGCUGUCCCUCACCCUCAGCUCCACCACCGGGGUCAAGAUCCGGUCCAGGCAGCAGCUCCAACUGGUGUCUCCUCCAACCCCUGGCCCAGCAGAGGUGGCUGGGCAAAGCCUCAAGGAUGCUCUUGCUGGCACAAGGGGACACCACCAACCCCUGGCCAGGACCAGCCUGCCCUUCAGAAGGGUCUGCACCCGUUGCCCGUCGCUCAGAGCCUACCUGAAGGCCUUGGACAGCCAAAGAAUCCCAGCAGAUGCCUCUGAGGUGGAGGCCACGUGGCAGUUCCUGAAGUUCACCCGGAUGCUGCGAGGUGCCGAGAAGAGGGACGUCCUGCAGCUGCUGAGGGGAGCACCCAAGGAGAUGCUCCCCUUCCUGGUGGAGGCAGCGGUGGCCUCGCAGUCGGUGGCAUCCUUGGCUGCUCUCUCAGACUUCCUGGAUUUCAGCAAAGAGCCCGGAUCCCUGCUGGAAAAAUUCCUCUACUCAGCAGCUUUCUCUCCCCACCCUUCAGGAGAACUUCUCCAGCUGGUGUUAGACAAGCUGGAUGGGAAGCAGCUGGUCCCUGAGGUCUGGGAAACAGGGAUGGUGGCUGUGGGCUCUCUGGUGGGCAAGCUGUGCCAGCAGAAGCUGUGUGGGCUGCAGGUGGUGGAACGCGGGGUGGAAACCAUCCUUGGAGGACUGAGAGGUGCCAAGGAGGAGGCCAAGGUGGUGGUUUACCUGCUGGCCCUGGGCAACAUGAUGCUCCCCAAGACCAUCCCCACCCUCCUGGACCACGCUGAGGGGGGUCCUGCCACCAUCUCCACGGCGGCUCUUUCUGCCCUGCGCCGAUUCCCUGCUCGCCACAUCUCCAGCAAGGUGAAAGGGGCCAUGAGGAGGAUUGUCCACCAGAAGAGGAAGAGCUACGACAGAACGUGCCGCCUGGCGGCUGCAGAAGUCCUGCUGGAUAAGGAGCCCUCCCCCAUGGACAUCAUCAACAUCCUGCUGGCCACCGUGGAGAUGGAGGCAGAGACAGCCACCUUCCUGCUGCAGAAGGUCCAGACCAGCCUGCGUGCUGAGCACCACCCAGCAAGGAAGAUGAUGAAAGCCAUCCUGAGAGACCCACAGAUAAACAAUUACCACUUCUUCUCGAAAGCUGGUGUCUCCUCUUCUUUCUCAGGACCUCUGACAGUCACCCAGGACCUGCUCUCCACCUUCGGGCUGGACCUGCUGUUUUUGGAAGGUGGCCUCCUGAGGAAGAGCAUCUCUGACUUCUCCCUGCUCAGCCGUGGCCAGCAGCUCCAAGCAGCUCAGGUCACCAUCGAAGCCCGAGGGAUGGAGUCAAUGCUGGGAGAAAACAUCUUGGAAGGGGAAGAGGAGCCAGAGCUGAUGGCUGGGAUGUCUGCCAUCUUCUUAGAUGUCCAGAUGCGGCCCAUUGUCUUCUUCCAGGGUUACACAGACCUCAUGGCCAAGGUCCUCUUAAGCAGUGGAGACCCCACAAGUGUGGUCAAAGGGAACCUCCUUCUGAUGGACCAUCACCAGGUCAUCCCUCUACAGUCUGGCCUCCAAGUGACCAUCAAACUCCAGGGUGGGCUGGGGCUUGACAUUUCAGCCAACAUGGACCUGGAUAUUUGGGAGCAGGACCUGAAAACCAGCAUCAAUGCAAGGGGAAGCCUUGCCAUUGAUUUCCAGGCAGAGCUAGAUGCUCCUUUCCUCCAAGCCACCCUGAGAAGCCAGACAGAGGUGGAGACCUCAAUCCACUUGGACACCACGCUGAGGUUCUCUGGCAGCCCCGUGCUCAUGUGCCUGCAGCUGAGAGAGGAGCAGAUCCCAUACAGGGAAAUCUUGACCAUUUCCAAGUCUGUGGCCGGGAGCUGGAGCAGCAGUGCUGGGAAGGUCAGGAAGGGCACCAGGCCUGGCCAGGACUUGGCCUUGCACCAAGCCAACUCCAAGGUCUGCAGCCUCCUGCUGAAGGUGGGAGGAUAA